AUGCAGGACAAGGAGAUGAUGUCGCACGAGGUCGGCCUCGACGCGAAUGCCCAAGAUGACUGGGACAUGCAGCGAUUGGGCAAGACCCAGGAAUUUAAGAGAAAUUUCCGAUUUUAUUCGAUUCUAGGAUUCACGACGACCUUGAUGGCCACAUGGGAGUCUAUUCUACUUACGAGUACUUAUGGUCUCAUCGAUGGCGGAAAAGCGGGCAUGGUCUAUGUAUACAUCGCGUCCUUUGUAGGCUUUUUCGCCGCGGUCGUGUCCAUGGCUGAGAUUGCGUCGAUCUCGCCAACAUCCGGUGGUCAGUACCACUGGGUCAGUGAGUUUGCCUGGCCCAGGUACCAGCGAUUCUUGAGUUAUCUCACCGGAUGGCUUUCGGUUCUGGGGUGGCAGGCUGCUUUUGCGAGUAUUUGCUACCUUUGCGGCACUCUGAUCCAGGGUUUAUUGGUCUUUAACUACUCAGACCCCUCCGGUUGGAUGUAUGGAUAUGAGCGCUGGCACGGUACUCUUCUGACCAUCGCCAUUGCCGCUGUCGGAACUAUUGUCAACACUUGGGGCUAUAAGAUCCUGCCUCCUAUGGAGGGCCUCAUUCUCGCCAUCCAUCUCGGUGGGUUUGUCGCUGUUCUUGUUUUGAUGUGGGUUAUGUCCCCCGGAAAGGCCGCCGAUGAAACCGUCUGGAAGGAAUUCACCAACUCCGGUGGAUGGUCAAGUAUGGGACUGGCAUGCUUGGUAGGCCAGCUUACUCCCAUUUUCUCCUGGACAGGCCCGGAUGCCGCGACUCACAUGUCCGAGGAAAUCCAAAAUGCCGCCUUGAUUGUUCCGUGGUGUAUGGUCUCAACUGCUUUGAUCAACGGUGCCCUCGGUUUCAUCAUGUUGGUUACUCUUCUAUACAACAUGGGUCCUUUGACAGACGCCAUCCUUGAGCCGGCUAGUGGAUUCUCUUUUCUCCCUGCAGUUCAACGCGCCACUGGCUCUAUUCCCGCCACCAACGGCGUAGCCGCCAUCAUCCUCGUCCUCGAAGUCUGCAGUGCAAUCGGAAUUCUUGCAACCGUCUCCCGCCAGACCUUUGCUUUUGCCCGCGACGACGCUCUGCCAUUCUCCAAGCAGCUCGCGCACAUCAAUCGACGAACUCAGAUCCCCGUUUGCUCCGUGCUGGUCUCGACAAUCAUCACCGUGCUACUGAGCCUGAUCAACAUCGGAUCUACUGCCGCCUUCAACGCCGUCGCAUCCGUCAUGAUUGCAGCUCUCUUCACCACAUAUAUUCUACCCAUCGCCGCGUUCAUCCGUGUUCGUCUUCAACCGGGCGGUAUUCCCCCAGCGCGCUUUUCGCUUGGCUCGUUCGGUUUGGCCAUUAAUAUCUUCUCCCUUGCAUGGCUCUGCUUUGCCAUUAUUUUCACUUUCUUCCCAACUGCCAGCAACCCAACGCCCGUGUCUAUGAAUUGGUCUAUUCUGGUCUUUGGUGCUGUGGUCAUUUUCGCCAUUAUUCUAUACCUCUUCCACGGCCGCCGUGUCUACAGGGCGCCUGUAACCCAGGUUCGCAAGGUUGACUAG